GUUCUAUUAUUAUUUUGUGUUUUAUUACGUCGUAUAAUUUUGCAUUAUUUUUAUUAUACUAUAUUUAUUAUUAUUUCCAUUAUUAUGUCCUAUUAUUAUUUUGUGUUUUAUUACGUCGUAUUAUUUUGCAUUAUUAUCAUACUGUACUUUAUUGUUAUUUUCCAUUAUUUUAUUUUAAUGCAAUGAAUAUAAAUAUAUUAAUAGUAUAACCCAGAGAUAUUCAUUGUUAUUUAAAGGGGGAAAAUAUAUGUCUGAUGGUUGUAUGUUUUCCGGGUGGUAUUGAAAGUCUAAACCUAUUUUUUUAUAUAUUCCGGAACGAUGGUUUCGCGACUCCUGUUUCCCGCCGGACGUUUUUUGACACUUCCGGUAUCAUGGCGGCGCCCGUGUGGCUGCUCGCCGUUGCCGUUCCGCUCUGGCUGGCGACUUGUUGGUGGCUGCGCCGCCGUUUGUACGGCAAGCGGGGGGCGCUUUUAGCGGACGGACCUCCCGCGACGCUGUUCGUGACGGCGCACCCUGAUGACGAGGCGAUGUUCUUCGCGCCCGCCAUCCUCGGCCUGGCUCCGGCCCCGCGGCGGCUGCUCUGCCUCUCCUCAGGCAACUAUUACAAGGAGGGCGAAAUCCGCAAGGACGAGCUUCGCGAGAGCUGCACCGUGCUGGGAAUCCCACCUUCCCAGGUGACCCUCAUCGAUCACAGGGACCUCCCCGACCACCCUUCCGUCGAGUGGGACGUGGUGCUGCUCUCCGCCCUGAUCCUGGAGCAAAUCGAGGCUCACCGCAUCGGCCUGGUGGUGACCUUCGACGCGGGAGGGGUCAGCGCUCACGCCAACCACAAAUCCCUCUACGCCGCGGUCAGGUUCCUAAUAUCAGAGGGGAAGCUUCCAAAAGGCUGCCAGGUGCUCACCCUGGAGACGGUCCCCCUUUUCCGGAAAUACGCCUCCCUCCUGGAUCUCCCCGUGGCCUGGGUGCGAGGCCCCGAUGUGCUCUUUGUGCUGACGCAAGAAGAGGCCGACCGGGCCAAGAGGGCCAUGCGAUGCCACCGCAGCCAGCUCCUCUGGUUCCGCCGCCUCUACGUCGCUUUCUCCCGCUACAUGGUCAUCAACUCGCUCAACUACCUCUGACCGAGGGGCAAAAGAGGUCCCGCCAUCACCAGACAGACUUGCCGACCCUCCGCGGAAACUCAUCCCGUGGCAACAACCACGCGAAGGCAAGCCUCACCACCUCUGAGGAUGCCUGCCAUCGAUGUGGGCAAAACGUCAGGAGAGAAUGCUGCGGGAACAUGGCCACACAGCCCGGAAAAUGCACAACAACCCAGUGACUCUGGCCAUGAAAGCCUUCGACAACACACACCUGUCAUGAUCUCCGAUCUUUGACAUCUCCGGACACAGAGCAAGCGCUGACAAAGAACAGAUGCCAGCCAUAAAACCUCAAUUACCCUCUGGUAUGUGAGAGCCCCUAUAUAAAUGGGCUACAGAGAAGGUUCUGGUAUUCUGUACAAUAAAACCUGUUAUGUCACGAUCUCCAAUCUUUGACAUCUCCCGUCGGCUGACAAAGAACAGAUGCCAGCCAUAAAACGGGCCAGCCAUAAAACCUCAAUAACCCUCUGGUAUGUGAGAGCCCCUAUAUAAAUGGGCCAAAGAGAAGGUUCUGGUAUUCUGUACAAUAAUGAUGUCAUGAUCUCUGAUCUUUGACAUCUCCAGACACAGGGCAAGCGCUGACAGCCCGGGGCUGUGGCGCAGACGGGAGAGCAAUGAGUCACUGACCAAGAGGUCAUAAGUUCGAGGCCCGCUCGGAGCUAUGUUUGUUUGUCUUUGUCCUGUGUUAAAAAGGCACUGAAUGUUUGCCUAAUAUGUGUAAUGUGAUCCGCCCUGAGUCCCCUUCGGGGUGAGAAGGGCGGAAUAUAAAUGAUGUAAAUAAAGAAAGAAAGAAAGAACAGAUGCCUGCCAUAAAACCACAAUGACCCUCUGGUAUGUGAGAGCCCCUAUAUAAAUGGGCUAAAGAGAAGGUUCUGGUAUUCUGUACAAUAAUGAUGUCAUGAUCUCUGAUCUUUGACAUCCCCGGACACAGGGCAAGCGCUGACAAAGAACAGAUGCCAGCCAUAAAAACCUCAAUGACCCUCUGGUAUGUGAGAGCCCCUAUAUAAAUGGGCCAAAGAGAAGGUUCUGGUAUUCUGUACAAUAAAACCUGUUGGAAUCUA